AUGCGCGCGGGGCGCGCCGCGCUCUCCGCGUGGCUCGUCUGCUGCGCGGCCGCGCUUUCCUCGCACAAGUACAGCACGCGGGUGGUGCGCACCAAGUACGGCCCGCUGCGGGGCAUCGUCGUCCACUCGCACCCGCAGGUCGAGGCCUACCUUGGCGUACCGUAUGCUACGCCACCUCUUGGUAGUCUUAGAUACAUGCCGCCGGUGACGCCGUCCCAGUGGCGGACGCCGCGGUUGGCCGACGCGCCGGGGCCGGCGUGCCCGCAGGCUCCGCCGCCCGCGUCUCCGCGCGAGGAGGCGCUGCUAGUACACCCGCGAGCGCGCCUGAGACAACUUGAGCGACUGCUGCCGGUGCUUGCCAACCAGAGCGAGGACUGCCUCUAUGUCAACAUUUACGUCCCAGUGAAUGGUGGCGAGGAAGAAAGCGGUAACGCAGGGCUGCACUGUCUGGUGUUCGUGCACGGCGAGUCGUACGAGUGGAGCUCGGGAAACGCAUACGACGGAACCACGCUCGCGGCGCACGGCAACAUCAUCGUAGUCACUAUCAACUUUAGAUUAGGUGUAUUGGGUUUUUUAAAAACUGGUGCUAAGGGGUCGGCGCAGGGUAACUUUGGACUAAUGGACCUAGUGGCGGGACUGCAUUGGUUGCGGGAGAAUCUGCCGGCGUUUGGAGGCAACCCGGAGGCCGUCACCAUCAUGGGUCACGGCACCGGGGCGGCGCUGGCGAACUUUCUUGCUGUGUCCCCGGUGGCAAGGGAACUACUGAGGCGCGUCAUUUUGUUAAGCGGGUCCGGACUAAGCUCAUGGGCGUUGCAGAGGGAGCCACUCGCGAUAAAAAGAAAGGUUGCGGAACAGACCGGCUGUCACGGCGAUCUUCUAGAGGACGACUUGGCGCCGUGCUUGCGGAACAAGCCCCUCAGCGAGCUACUGGCGGUGCGACUCGACCCGCCGCGCUUCUUGCCCGGAUUCGCGCCGUUCGUCGACGGCACUGUCAUUGUCAAUCCGUCCUCAGCGCCGCCCCCUACGGACAGCUCGCGGCUAGGUGCGGGCGCCGCAGCUGUAGCAACGGCGGCUGGCCACGAACUGGCAGACUUCUCCCACAGGGAACUGCUCUUCGGCCUCACUACAACAGAAUCUUACCUGGAAUUCAACGCGCAAGAUUUGGAGUUCGGCUUCAACGAGAGCAGGCGGGAUCGCAUUCUGAGAACCUUCGUGCGGAACGCGUACUAUUACCAUUUGAACGAGAUCUAUUCAACGCUGAAGAACGAAUACACAGAUUGGGACAAGCCAGUACAAAACCCGCUGAGUGUACGCGACGCCACUUUGGAGAUACUAAGCGAUGGUCGGACCGCAGCACCCUUAAUAAGACUUGGGUACCUCCAUGCCUUGCGUGGUGGCACCACUUACUUCACUCAUUUCCACCACCUGUCACAAGAUAAGGAUUAUCCUCAGCGGCCGGGAUCAGUACAUGGCGAGGAGUUGCCGUACUACUUGGGCGUUCCGUUGUCGCAGUCGCAUCACCUGCAAAACUUCACGGCGCAAGAGCAGCGUGUCUCAAGACUUUGCAUCCAUUACAUUUCCAACUUCGUUAAAUAUGGAAACCCAAACGAUCCCACUGCGACGCCACCGCCACCUUUGCACGGUGAAACACCACAUAUCGGCCCAGACGAAAUCCGCUACUGGGAUACAUAUGAUACCAUCAACCAGCUGUUUAUGGAGAUCAGUAGUAAACCGGAGAUGCGUAGCCAUUAUCGUGGCCAUAAAAUGUCCUUGUGGCUCUCCCUGAUACCACAGCUGCACCGGCCUGGCGCGGACAUGCCAGACACUGGCAUGAGGCAUCACCACUUCCAAGAAGAUAAUGCUAGUUACUAUGAAGGUGCUGUAAGACCACAGUCAAUGUCAAAAGCCCACGUGCCUCAUGUUGUUAAUGUGGACAGCAAUCGUGGUGGUGAUUCACGAAGUACGCUUUCACCCAAGUCUCCUCCAAGGCCUUCAGCAGUCCCGCCCGUUCCGUCCACGGAAUGUCCACCAAAUGCUACAGCCACACCGGUUCAACCCGACGACGCGUUGCUUCGACGCCUUGCAUCCUCCCACUAUCAAUCAUACACAGCAGCUCUUACCGUCACUAUAGCUGUUGGCUGUUUCCUUCUACUUCUAAAUGUACUCAUAUUUGCUGGGAUAUACCACCAACGGGGCUCCAGGCCUCGACGCUCCAAAGACGAUCUCGGGGACGCCGAGAGCUCAUCGUCAUCCGACAACUACGAUGGUAAACUAGACUAUGAAGUGCGCGCUUUCGACGGCAAAGGUUUCGGUUUCGAGUGUAAAUCGGCGCAUGUGCCCCGGGGCUCCGGUUCAAAAUUUGACUUGCGGACGUUGUCGGAUUGCGGGGAACCGACAUUCGGCGAAUACAGUUGUUACGACGAGAAGCAUCGGGCGGCGCGAAGUUCGUUGCCCGAUGUGAGUGUAGGUAGUGCUAUAGACGCCGGGAGUGUAGUGUGCAUAGAUACCCAAAAACCGGACAUUCAGAAGGUGGAGGGUCGGCAGGAUUCCGUGGGGAGAACUAGCACGUUUGAGCCGCGCGUAGUGGAUUGUUCGACGCAGGUCAAGUUCGGACCAGUGCCGGAUUCGGAGGCUGCGUCAGAGUCAAACGGUGAGUCAGAAUCUGGUGGCGCGAGUGGUUCUGGUAUCCUAAGGGUACCUCCAGCGGCCACUACGCCCGCGCCACCAGGUAUUAUGAAGAAGCGUGUCCAAAUACAAGAGAUAUCUGUAUGA